AUUUAAUCCAUGAGCUGUUAAUAUUGUGAAUAAUACUUACAAGAAAGUUAGCAACUUCUAAAUUAAUAGUGAAUGAAUAAUAGUCAUUGAUGACUUCCAAUCAUAACAUAAGAUAUGAGUCGGGAAUGUCAACAUGUGAUAUCGUUCGGUUUGGAACAAGUAAUACCCAUUGGUCAUGGCUAUAUAGUAGAAUAUUAUGUACUAUAUCGUGGGCAUGAAUGAGAUUGGUGUCACUAUAUUAUACGGUUAUGGGCAAAUGAAUAAGUACUAAGAGAUUAUGAUAAAGUAAUUUAUAACAAAAUAAAUAAUGUGCUAUAUUGUUAUCAUUAAUAAUAAUUAGUGGAAAUUUAAAUAAUAGUUUUCUCUCUCGUUAUUCGUUAAAAUACACUAUUCACCGAUCCGCUAGCGCAAAUAUUAUAUUAUAAUAAUUAUUACAAAAUCAUUCCGUUAGUAAUCGUAAUAGAUUUGAUCGGUGUCUGCCGUCUUAGUCUACCAGCACCUAUACAUAAAAGGUUGUUGUUACUCUACGACGAUUGUUUCUUCAAAAUGAUUUUGAUCGGGUUCCAGACGACCGUUUACCUAAUGUAUACUGCAGUGUUUGUUGUGUCCUUGGUCGGCAACGGUCUGGUAUGCUAUGUGGUCUUGUCCUCAACUCAAAUGCAAUCGGCUACCAACAUGUUUAUCGUGAAUAUGGCAGCCGGUGAUCUGGUCAUGACUCUGUUUUGCGUUCCGUUCCCGUUUGUCACCACGCUCUUAUUGGAAUAUUUGCCACUUGAAAACUAUGUGUGCCAAAUCUUUACCUUCGGAAAAAUUGUUGCCGUGAUGGUCGGUGCAUAUACGUUGGUAGCCAUCAGCGUCAACAGGUAUAUAGCAAUUAUGUGGCCACUGAAACAAAGAACUAGAAAACACCAGGCUAAGUACAUAAUAGCAUUAGUAUGGACAAUGUCUGUCAUUACAUCGUUUCCUUUUUUACUUGCUACUUCGUUGGAUCAGAAAUUUGACAUUUACUUUUGCACUGACAAGUGGUCGAGUGAAUUUAUUCGGCGAUUCUUUAAUGCAGCAUUAUUUUUACUGCAAUGCUGUAUCCCAUUUGCCGUCUUAUUGUUUACUAAUAUUCACAUUGGGGUUGUCGUGUGGGGUAAACUACCUCCCGGCGAAGCACAAAACUCCAGAGAUAUUAAAAUGGCCAAGUCAAUAAGAAAAAUGAUAAAAAUGAUGGCAACAGUGGUCAUAGCAUUCAUCGUUUGUUGGCUACCAUAUGAUAUCCUUUUGGUGUUGAGGGCGUACGGGAUGUCGCUGCGCGCGUGGAGCAACCAGCCGUACGUGUGGUUCGCGUUCCACUGGCUGGCCAUAUCGCACACGUGUUACAACCCGUUGAUCUACUUCUGCAUGAACACCCGAUACAGGGCCGGUUUCGUGUCGGCCCUGCGCAGCGUGCCCGGACUGGGGUACACGCGGGCCCAGCAGCACGGUGACGAGCUGCCCGAGACCGGACGUCCGAGAGUCGCGUCCGUGGUUUCGGUGUGACCGUCUCGAGCGCGCGACUGCGUCUUUGAUUUUUUUUUAAUCAAACGAAAUACUACUUGCAAAAUAUUACGAUGUCGCACGUUUUCCGAAAACCUCGAAACUACUUUUGGCGAAAACGAUACAUAUGAUAUAUACAGUUCGUACCUGCAUCAACGCUCAAAACAACAAAAUUCAUUUGUACUGUACAUUUUUUUUUUUUUUAAUUUUUUUUUUUUUUUUUUGUUCUAUAAUAUAAUAUCAUGUAACGAAUAGAAUGCGAGAUGAACAUCAUAAUAGUGUAUACACUUGAAAAAUGUUUAAAACUAUAUUAUGUGGCUUUGUAAGAUCGUGAUUUUUUUUUUUUUUUUGAUAGAAUAAUCAUUAAAUGUAGCUCAGUAUUGUACUGUAAAAUUAAAUUAAUGCGUGUACCACAAUAUCAACACUUCACUCGUGUAUGUUGUCUGGUUACUCUGAUGGGUAUGACUACGCGAGUGUCCAUUAUUGUUGUCGGAGUUUUUUUAAACGUUCUAGAGUGUUGAUACGAUUCCUUUCAUAGUAUUUUUUUUUUUUUUUGUUUUUUUAUUUUGUUUUAAUAUAAAUUUUGUUAAUUUAGCAUAAUAUUGUAAUAUUAUAAUGUAAAAUAAUGAAUAUUAUUGCUUGGCAGCAUGCUAUUGAUAUAUGCAGCCGCCUAUAUUUUAUUAUA